ACCCUCCAUCAUCCAUCCAUCCAUCCAUCUACCGAUAUCCUUUAACAAUACCUUUGUUUUCUAUAUUACUCUACAAAAACACAAAUAUCAAAAAUCAAACAAUUUUGCUCUACUAUUCUCAAUCUAAUAAGGAAAAACUCGAAUUAUAUCGAAAUAUGUCAGGAGUAUGGGUAUUCAAAAAUAAUGGUGUGAUUCGUUUAGUGGAAAAUCCUCAAGCCGAACAUGGUGGAAGUGAUCAAGCUGCAAGAGCAAGGAAAAAGGUGCUUGUACACCUUCCUACUGGAAAGGUGAUCUCAUCAUACCAAAAACUUGAACAAAUUCUUAAAGAUUUAGGGUGGGAAAUAUACUUUGGUGGUGAUCCUGAUCUUUACCAAUUUCACAAGAGAUCCUCAAUUGAUUUAAUCUCACUUCCUAGGGAAUUCUCCAAAUUUAGCUCGGUCUACAUGUACGACAUUGUCGUGAAGAACCCUAAUGUCUUCCAGGUUCGCGACAUGUAGCUAUAUUACUACUACAUGAACUUCUACAGUACUACCAAUCAAAACUAUCUACUUAUAUAUAUAUCUAUACAUAUAUAUUAGCUAGGCUUUGUUGUUGCAUGCAUGUAAGGGUAUAUGCAUUGCUUCUUUUUAUCUUGCAUACUUUUUUUCCUUUCAAGGAGUGUUUUGUCUUCAAGUAUGUUUCAUCUUUACUAAUAUAUCAAAUCCAAUGAAAUCAGAACUGAUGUUGCGGAACAAUUUGUCUGAUGUAAGAUUCUUGUCGAAUAUGAUUUUUCCUUUUAUUUCUUCUUCUUA